AUGGCUACCAACAUCACGGCGUAUCAGCCGGGCGUUGCAUUCGUACCGAGCCCACUUCCUCCACCAGGGCCAGCAUCGAAUUUCGAGGAGAUCAUCACGCAAUUCAACCGCCUAGGCCGCACGACCGUCUGGAACUCGGUCAAGAACAUUACGUUUGACGGUGACACAGGCGAGCCCGAAGGGAUGGUCAACAUCGGCGAAGAACGAUAUAUCCUCGGACGCGGCGACUGGACUGAGAAAACCAUCCCGUUCGGCAAGAACGUCAUCAUCAACGGCACCGACCGCUCGCCUGGCGCCGGAUACGCCCACAUACUGGUCUACGACGGCAAGGGCAAGCGUGUUGCCGACGCGACACUGACGCCGCCAGGCGACAUCGAGUACCACAUCGGCGGGAUCGACUACGACGGCACCUCCCUCUGGGCCACCCUCUCGCAGUACCGGCCCAACACGACCGCGACCAUCGUCUCGAUCGACCCGGCCACUCUCCAACACCAACCCGUCAUCCACUACCAAGACCACCUCGGCGGCAUCGUCCACGACACGAAAGCCCGUCGCCUCAUGACCCUCAACUGGGGCGCGCGCAACGCCUCGCUGUGGAACUUGACCACUCUAUCCAGCGCAGCAGCAUCAUCAUCAUCAUCAUCAUCAUCAUCAUCAUCAUCAUCAUCGGCAUCGGCAUCGUCAGCAAACUCCCAAUUCUCCACCCCAGACAAAGUCGUCCGCAACCCAAGCUUCUACGUCGACUACCAAGACUGCAAGUACCUGGGCCAUUCGCGCAUCUACGGGUCCCGCGCGGUCGCCAUGUGCUCGGGCGUCGCGACGCUCGCGGCGAACGUGACCAUCGGCGGCCUGGCGCUCGUCGAUGUCGAGACGCUGGUGCCGCUGUCGGAAGUCCCCAUCACGCUGAAGAGCGCGCUGGGCACGCCGCUCACGCAGAAUCCGUUCGACGUCGCCCUUGUCGAUGGGCGGCUGAGGCUGUAUUUUCUGCCCGACCAGCAUAAUUCGACGCUGUAUGUGCUCGAGGCGGAGGUGAAUAGUCCGUACCAGUAUUAA